CGCCCCAGCCGCCCCCCGCCGGCCCCCAGCGCCCCUAGCCAUGUCCAAGGAGGCGCGGGCCGGGCGCGACGAGAUCAUGGAGGGCCAGGUGAUGUGGGAGCCGGACAGCAAGAGGACCACGCAGAUGGACCGCUUCCGCGCGGUGGCCGGCGCCGCCUGCGGCCUGGCGCUGGAGAGUUACAACGACCUGUAUCACUGGUCCGUGGCGUCGUAUUCGGACUUCUGGGCAGAGUUCUGGAAGUUCAGCGGCCUCGUCUUCUCCCGUAUGUAUGAUGAGGUUGUGGACACGUCAAAAGGCAUCGCUGAUGUCCCGGAGUGGUUCCGCGGCAGUCGCCUCAACUAUGCGGAGAACCUGCUGCGGCAUGCCAAGAAUGACAGGGUGGCUCUCUACGUGGCAAGGGAAGGCAGAGAGGAGAUCGUGAAGGUGACCUUUGAGGAGCUGCGGCAGCAGGUGGCUCUGUUUGCAGCCGCCAUGAGGAAGAUGGGCGUGAGGAAGGGAGACCGUGUGGUCGGUUAUUUGCCCAACGGCGCACACGCUGUGGAGGCCAUGCUGGCUGCAGCAAGCAUUGGAGCCAUCUGGAGCUCCACGUCCCCAGACUUUGGGGUGAACGGCGUGCUGGACCGGUUCUCGCAGAUCCAGCCGAAGCUCUUGUUCUCCGUGGAGGCCGUUGUCUACAAUGGCAAGGAGCACAGCCACAUGGAGAAGCUGCAGCGGGUGGUUCGAGGGCUUCCCGACCUGAAGAAGGUGGUGGUGAUCCCCUACGUGGCCACCAGAGAGACGAUCGACAUCUCCAAGAUUCCAAACAGUGUGUUUCUGGAUGACUUCCUGGCCACAGGGAUGGGCGAGCAAGCCCCCCAGCUGGAGUUCGAGCAGCUGCCCUUCAGCCACCCCCUAUUCAUUAUGUUCUCGUCAGGCACGACCGGGGCACCCAAGUGCAUGGUGCACUCUGCUGGGGGCACCCUCAUCCAGCACCUGAAGGAGCACGUGCUGCACGGCGACAUGACGAGCGGGGACGUGCUGCUCUACUACACCACGGUGGGCUGGAUGAUGUGGAACUGGAUGGUGUCUGCUCUCGCCACGGGGGCCUCUCUGGUCCUUUAUGACGGGUCCCCCCUGGUCCCAACUCCCAAUGUGCUCUGGGACCUGGUGGACAGGAUAGGCAUCACCAUUCUGGGGACAGGUGCCAAGUGGCUGUCUGUGCUUGAGGAGAAGGACAUGAAGCCUGUGGAGACCCACAGCCUGCAGACCCUGCGCACCAUCCUGUCCACCGGCUCCCCGCUGAAAGCCCAGAGCUACGACUACGUCUACAAGUGCAUCAAGAGCAGCGUCCUGCUGGGCUCCAUUUCAGGUGGCACUGACAUUAUCUCCUGCUUCAUGGGCCACAACCCGUCCGUCCCCGUGCACAGAGGCGAGAUCCAGGCCCGGAACCUGGCCAUGGCCGUGGAGGCGUGGAGUGAGGAAGGAAGGGCAGUCUGGGGACGGAGUGGGGAGCUGGUGUGUACGAAGCCGCUGCCCUGCCAGCCCACGCACUUCUGGAAUGAUGAGAACGGGAGCAAGUACAGGAAGGCGUACUUCUCCAAGUUCCCAGGUGUCUGGGCCCAUGGUGACUACUGCAGAAUCAACCCAAAGACUGGGGGCAUUGUCAUGCUGGGCCGGAGUGACGGCACACUCAACCCCAAUGGAGUGCGGUUCGGCAGUUCGGAGAUCUACAACAUUGUGGAAGCCUUCGAGGAGGUGAUGGACAGCCUGUGCGUGCCCCAGUACAACAAGGACGGCGAGGAGCGGGUCAUCCUCUUCCUCAAGAUGGCCCCGGGCCACACCUUCGGGCCUGAGCUGGUGAACCGCCUCCGGGACGCCAUCCGCAGGGGCCUGUCUGCGCGCCACGUGCCCAGCCUCAUCCUGGAGACCCAGGGCAUCCCGUACACGCUCAAUGGCAAGAAGGUGGAGGUGGCCGUGAAGCAGGUCAUCGCUGGGAAGGCUGUGGAGCAGCGUGGGGCCUUCUCCAACCCCGAGAGCCUGGACCUGUACUGGGACAUCCCUGAGCUGCGGGACUUCUGAAUCGGCUGGCCUGCCUGCUGCCUGGCCACACACAUGUGCAGCGAGCCCUCCAUAUACCAGUUGUGUAGAAGCCUGUGGGCCAGGGUGGGGCAAGCCGUGCCCUGUCCUGUUGGUGGAUCUCAGGGAUAUGAGGCUUCCAUGCCCUGGCCAGGGCACGGAGCGGGGGCUGCGCAUGUGGCCCCGGGUGCGCGCAGCCAGCAGGGCACCCAUGGGCUUGAGUGCUCGGCGUGCUCACAUUCACUCCUUGCAGAUGCAGGCCUGUUUCUUCCUCUUGCUGUGCUCCUGGCCGCUCUGCUUUCCCGCAGGCCUCAUGUACUCCAUGCUGAGCACCGGCCCGAGAAGGGAGCAGCCCCAGAGGACGCGGCCCCAGCCUUGGACGGCCGGCGGCCCAGCCUUUCCACGGUGGGCAGCUGGGCCUUAGCAACCAGCUGCUCCCGUCGUCUUGAGUCAUGGCUGACACAGAGUUUGGACCCCUAGCCACACUCCAGUCACACCCCCUGCCGUGGGCAGCUCCCGUCUGAGCACACGCGGCUCCUCCGUCACUCCCAGCACACAGCCUGCAGCCCUGCCCAGGUUUCUGAUGGUGUCUGCUGUAGCUGAGUGUGACCCCACCUUCCUCCUGGGGCUCUCUGGGGCUGCUCCAGGUCGAGGCCUCAGGGGACAGACCUGGGGGUUCUCCUUGUGACUUGUCCACCAAGGCCUGGAGUCCCGGCCAGGCAGCGCCUGUGCACUUGCUGUUCCUCAAGGCUUGCAGGUGUCUAUCGCCCCAUUGUUCAUUUUUGUAUCUUUUGACUGAGCACGGUGACCUACUUUGUUCUGGAUUGUAAAAUACAAGGGCACAGUUGCUCCGAGGAGUCGCCUCCUGUGUGCCUCGGCACACCCCUG